GGGAAAUUCAUUGAAGUCACGUCCCGCCGUGAGAGAACGCGACUGGGAACAACGGAAGCCAAGCCUAGCCGACCAACAACGAAGACCAUCCACGACUUGAUUGCGACUUAGUUCAGCCUCCAACAUCGCCAUCAAACUUGUGUCCCAAACAACAACCAAACGACCAAACCACAACAAACCCCGAUUUUCAACAUGACCGGCAGAGGUGGUGGCGGCAACCGCCGUGUUCUUCUUCCUCCCAUCAACUUCCUUUUCCGUCUUCUGCAACAACACUCGACUGUCCAGAUCUGGCUUUACGAGCAGCUCCAUAUUCGCAUCAUUGGCACCAUUCGUGGCUUCGACGAGUUCAUGAACCUGGUUAUCGAUAAUGCGAUUGAGGUCAAGCUGGUCUCCAAAACAAACGAGAAGGAGGAGAGGAGGGAGCUUGGGGUAAGGAUAUUCUUAUUGCUGUGGUGCGAAAGGGUUGGCUAACUGGGUUGCAGCAAAUCCUCCUGAAGGGCGACAACGUCUCGCUCAUCCAGAGCUACUCCGGGUGAAAAGCUCAAUACCUGAACGAGAACCGGUAAUCGACGAUGCAUUUUACGCUGGGACCUACAUCGAGCGACCAAAGCCAGCAGAUCUAGAGCUGUACAUAGACGGCCCACAAAGACGUGCCUUCUACACACCAAACGACACCGAAUCUACGGAACGAGAUACCAGGGAAAAGCGAUUGGCCGAGGCGCACAGGAAUGUCGACUAUAUGUAUUUGAUGAGUACGGGAUGGAUAUCAUGUCAUGGAACUAUUUUGCUGCAGGAGGGCUCUUAAUCUCGCCAUUCCCGAGUAUCAGGCCGUCCAGAGGUUGAUCGUGGGGACCAACAGG